CUAAAAUAAUUGUAAUUCCAUGUUCUGUGUACUCUGGGAGACCAGAUAUAGUGAAUGCAGGGUCCGGGGAGACCAGAUAUAGUGGAUGCAGGGUCCGGGGAGACCAGAUAUAGUGGAUGCAGGGUCCGGGGAGACCAGAUAUAGUGAAUGCAGGGUCCGGGGAGACCAGAUAUAGUGAAUGCAGGGUCCGGGGGAGAGCGGAUAUAGUGAAUGCAGGGUCCUGGGAGACCAGAUAUAGUGAAUGCAGGGUCCGGGGAGACCAGAUAUAGUGAAUGCAGGGUCCGGGGAGACCAGAUAUAGUGAAUGCAGGGUUCGGGGAGACCAGAUAUAGUGAAUGCAGGGUCCGGGGAGACCAGAUAUAGUGGACGCAGGGUCCGGGGAG